AUGGCGGAGAAUAAGCGCCAGAACUCGAGUGCGAAGGCCUCUGGUCCUGGUAUGGCGACCAACAUGGUGCCCCACGAAGUCGCUUUGAGUGGCGCGAUCGGUGCUCGUGUCCGCAUCACUACUGCUGCGCCAACAACCUCCACCCUCGAGGGAACUCUCUUCACAGUGUGCCCUAUUACCAACCUCGUCGCCAUCAACACAUCCGCCGUCACUUCCUCCACAGACCCCAAGCAGGCGCAGAGCGGUGAUUAUCACGUCAUUCCCGUCUCUCGCAUCCAGUCCUUCCAGCUCCUCACUCUCCCGUCCAACUCCUCGGACUCGCCUUCCUUCACAGAUGCACAGCCAACUAUCCAAGCACUCGAUACCCGUGCGCUGAAGACGCGCGAGAUCAAGGCUGUCAGCGAAAUUCUGGAACGAGAAGCGCGCCGCGGAAAGGGUGUCACUCGUGAAGCGCAAGAUAUAUUUGAUGCAUUUAGUCGGACCAUGCCUGCACGGUGGGAUGGACCGAAUAUCAUCGUUGCGGACGCAGUUACUAUUGCGCCCCCAUACCGGGUUGACGAGUGUCGCCCACUUGUUGAGGGCGACACUGCUGCCCUUGCUCGUGUGCGCAAAGUGCUCGAGAUGGAACGCAAAAAGAUUGAGCUCCGCAACGCCAGUGCUACCAUUGGUUCGACUAGUACCUUCUCCCGGAAUUCGGGCGACCAGCGCAAAGGUGGUUAA